AUGGAACCAGCCAUUAGACAACUGGCCCAGACGUACGUCGGCCAUGUUCGCCGGGUUAGCUUGUCCUUUUGCACACUUUACAUGGCGCUACGGCUAUCAUGUCUGAUAUGUGCGCCUGAGACCAAUUACUGGAUGUGGGUGGUAUUGAUAUUCGAAGCCCUGUGGACUUACCAGUCCCUGAGCAUUGAAUUGCCUAGACGGACAGGGGAAACGUCAAAACGACUCCAUCUAACUAAGAACCAUGCAUUGCCUUCGGUAGAUAUUAUGCUGCCAUGCUGCGGUGAACCAAUCGAGAUCAUUUGCGAUACCAUACGUGCAGCGUGUGUCAUCGACUACCCCCAAACUGCAUUCCGGGUCCUCAUCUUGGAUGAUGGAAACUCUCUGGAACUACGACAGGCGGUAGAAGAGUUGCAACAUACCUGGCCAAACCUCCCAUACUACAGCAGAGGAACUAAGCCGAGCCAGAAAGUCUUUGCAAAAGCAGGCAACCUGAACUUUGGCUUGUUUGAUAUCCAGGGAGGAAUGGACAAGCCGCCUGAGCUUAUUGCCAUAUUUGAUUCAGACUUUCUGCCUGCUCCCAACUUUCUGCGAGCCACGCUUCCUCAUAUGUUGGAGGAUGACAAUGUUGGAAUUGUAAGUUCAAGACAAGACUACUAUAACCUUCCCCAAGGGGACCCACUUGAUCAAAGCCUGGCAAUGUUUUUUGAGGUGAUUUUGCCCAAGAUGGACGAAAUGGGAUCGAGUCUAGCAACAACUUCGGGAUGUCUUAUGCGCCGCGAUUUAGCCGUCCAGGUGGGCGGAUUUCCAACUCUGAAUGAAGUGGAGGACAUCACUCUAUCGUUUAUUCUGCCAGCGUACGGGAAGCGCGUCGUAUAUCUCACUGAAAUGCUGCAACUGGGACGCGUGCCAACCUCGUUGGAAGGUCAUGUCCGGCAGAACCGACGAUGGCUCACUGGCCUGACAGAGAUGAUCGCUACUCCCUGGACACCAUCCGCCGAGUCUAUCCCGACUCCGUUGAGAUACUCUAUGGCAUACUUUGGUAUUUAUUGGGUUUUGUCACCACUAGGUCAGAGUAUCGGCUGUGCGAUAAUCGCUCCUGCGUUGAUAUCACGUCAAGCGCUUGUGCCACAUCAUCUACUCCAGGUCCAGAUCCCAUCAUCCCUGGUAGCGUUUGGACUCGUUUCCCUGUACGAAUGGCUGAAGGCGGCAGCAAUGGGGUUCCGCUUAUCCGUAUUUACUCAUUUUGGUGAACUGUGGUUAUGUGCAGACCGAAUCUGUACUCUCAUACAAUUCCAUAUAUUCGGUUCACAGGGGGGUAGGUCCCUAGUGACAGGCAGUGUCCAGAACACUUGGAACAAUCCCAGCAGGGUCCCCACGCGAAUGACACAGUUGAAAAGGGACUUAUGGGAUGCUAGAGUUGGCUUCAACGUCCUCUUUGUAUUUGGAGUCCUCGCCGGCAUCUUCCAUUCGGUGAUCGGUAUCGUCGAGAGAUAUCAUCAUCAUCAUCAUCCCGACUGGCAACUUCAUCUUAUGACCACCUUGCUGUACCCUCCUGUUGUUCUCAUGUGCUACAUAAUUCUUACCUGUCACCUAGUCCCACUGUCAUGCGUGAUAUGGCGGCCUCAAUAUCCUCCCCGGAAAGCAGUCUUCGAUACUCAUCCGAGUGACCCCCGUGCCGUGUUUCCUUCUGAGGCAGUUCGACAAUCCAACGUCCGUCAGAGGCAUGCGCCGCUAGGUCAUCGUCGACAUUUACUAUUGAUUCCGGUCUAUAUCACUUUCAUGAGCGUAUUUUAUUUUAGGUAUCUGUGA